GUUUCAGCUCCGCGUCGUCCGGGGGCGGUAAAUCCAGAGCAGUGGAUCUGCUGAAAACAACAACAGCUCCGAGUAGAAGAACUGCCGGACGUUUUGUAAGUUGACUGGAUGGCGCGAAGGCUCCUCCGUCAGGCUGUAGAGAGAUAACGAAGCGUUUAGAGUUGGGGAUUCGUCUCUAUUCGCCUGUUUUAUCCGUUAAUAUCUGUGUGCUGUGGGGAUGAGUAGUUCAGCGGUAACGGCUCUGCUGACUGGAGGACUACAGGAGCUCGAGCUCUCUCUGAGGAAACAUCAUUAGAUAAUGAUAUUUCAGCAAAACUGAGGCGUUUAGCAGCUGGUAUCCGUCUGUUUGCUGGCUGAACCUAAACUACAAUGUUCAGUUUCAGAUUACUUAGAUAAUAAGCUCGUUAGCUAGUUAACUAGCUAUCUAUUUAGCUAGUUAGUGGAUCUGACUGCUGAUCCAGUGAAAGCUGGUGACCGUUGCUAAGCUAGCUUUAGCUAGUAACCUAAUUUAAGAAGCCAGAAUGUCCAAAAGGAGCCAGGAUGCUUUUAUGGUAAAGUUUGUUGAACACAAUGGGCAGAAACGUGAGCUUGGUCAAAAAGCUUAUGAGGCGAUAGUGGAAUUGCAGUCAGAGAAAUAUGUGCAGACCAUUGGUGAAGAAGCAGCCCUGAAGUUGGAUCACAAUGACAAAUCCUUAUAUGUUUUCAGCGACUUUACCAGCAGUGCAUUUGAGCACUGUCGAAAGUUGGGAUGCAGGAUAGUCAGUCCUCUGGUAGUGCUUUUUUGUCUGCAGCAGCAGAGGUGUGUGCCCAAGGCAGAGCAACCUGUCUACAACAUGGCCAUGGCUGAUGUGACAGUGACCUGUACCAGCCUGGACAAAGAAGUACGGACAGACGUCAUGGACUUGGUUCAGCUCAUGGGAGGAAGGGUUUACAGAGACCUUAAUGUAUCAGUCACUCACCUGGUGGCAGGUGAAGUGGGCAGUAAGAAAUAUCUUGUGGCAGCCAACCUGGGGAAACCUGUCUUACUGCCCACCUGGGUGAAGGCAUGCUGGGAAAAGUCUCAAGACAGUAUGUUUCGGUAUUCAGACCUGCGUGUAGAGGACUACCUUUGUCCUGUCUUUAAAGGCUGCACAGUAUGUGUAACUGGUCUGUCCACAGUGGAGCGCAAAGAGGUGCAGCGGCUAUGUGAGCUGCAUGGGGGCACCUACACUGGUCAGCUCAAGAUGAAUGAGUGCACUCACCUCAUUGUCAGUGAACCCUCAGGUCAGAAGUAUGAAUUUGCAAGAAAGUGGAAUGUGUACUGCAUUUCUGUACACUGGCUCUUUGACAGUAUUGAAAAGGGCUUUUGCCAGGAAGAGAGUCGCUACACUGUGGAGCGAGGAGACAAGAAGCGAGAAGACAAGACAGGCAGGCCAAACACCUCCACCCCCACGGGUUCAAGCAAGUGCAAGGAAGAUGGGGCAUCAUUGCUUGGACUGAGCCAUAUUUCAAAUGUUAGUAUGAAUGUCAACGAGACAGCCAUGACCACUGCGACAAUGAGUCGCAUAGAACCUGCCGAUCCAAUUGACUCAUUUGAUGUCACAGUCUGUCCAGCAGAUGACCUGUUAGAUGGCUGUAAGCUUUACCUGUGUGGUGUGAGGGGGAAGAGACUGGAAAAACUACGUCGGCUGGUAAAUGCUGCAGGAGGCUUGCGUUUUAACCAACCUGGUGAAGAGCUCACACACAUAGUGAUGGGGGAACCAGACCAGGAUGUCAAAAACUUCUUGUCUAAAGCCAAUCACAGGCCACAUGUUGUCACAGUGCAGUGGCUGCUGGACAGUUUUUCUCGUGGAUCUCUUCUUCCAGUGGAGGGAUACUUCCACCCCUCAUUUCUCCCUCCUGCCCCAGCAGAAGUGGACAUGCCUGCUCUUCGUCCUGUUGCUCCACGCUCUAGACCCUCUAUUGCCCCUGCUCCAGCCCCAAGUCCAGCCCGACAUGCCAAGGCUGAAGAAGAUCUGCUUUCACAGUACAUGGACAAUGACCAGACUGUAGUGGAAUUGCCCCCAGCCCCAGAAAACAGUAAGAAGGCUCAUAGCUCUGUUCUGCAAGACCCAGGAGCUCCAGGUCAGGACUCUACUCUGGCUGAAGCCUCAGAAGGAGGUCUGUUUAGGGGUAAACGUUUCCUCUUGGUGGGGUUCGGACCAGAAGCAGAAGGCCAGCUCUCAAUGCUGGUGAUGGAGAACAUGGGGAAGGUUCUAGUUGGUCGUUUCAGAGGUGUGGCUGAUUAUGCCAUUGUUCCGCUGCUGGGCUGUGAGGUGGAGGCCACAGUGGAUGAAGUUGCCACAGAUAGCUGGCUGGCCAUGUGUGUGGAGCAGCAGUGUUUAUUGCCACUGGGGUCACAUCCACUGUUCACCCCUGUAGCUGUGAAGGAGGGCUGCCUACCUCUUAAAGAGUGUGUGCUGUCCGUCAGCCAGUUUACUGGGGCGGAGAGGGAGUCACUCAUACAGCUUGCCAAACACCUGGGAGCAAGUGUUCAGGACUAUUUUGUUCGCACUGCCAAUCAGAGAAAAGGCAUGCUGGCCAGUACUCAUCUGGUCCUCCAGACUCCUGAAGGCACCAAAUACGUUGCAGCACAGAAAUGGGGCCUGCCUGCUGUUACCAUGCGCUGGAUUCUAGAAUCUGCCAGGACUGGGAAAGUGGCUAACGAGUCACGCUACCUGGUUGACCUGCCACCGUCUCCGGAUCGCACUGAGGGCAGUUUUAUUGGAGCAUCACAGAAAAACCCUGCUGCCCCCGUUCCAAUGCAGCUUUCCCCAGAGCUCCCUCUGCUGCCCCCCCAGAGCAGUGCAACUGUGACUCCACUGGACACUGGACGCCUACAAAGCCGUGCUGUCCACUCAGUUCUCCGCAAGAUGAGGAAAGGUGGGGUAGAGGAGACUGAGGCCAAUGCUCGAGUUCAGGAUGAAGGCAGUGGGGGAAAGCAGAAGGAUGUCCCUCUUCAGCUUGACACGCCAUCUCGGUUCCUCAGCAGAGAUAAACUCUUCGGACCCUCCUUUAACAUCACGGAUGUGUGUGACCAUUUAAAAACACCUGGUAAUAAGCCUCAGCAAGGUCAAAGGACAGAGACACCCUUGACUGAAGUAAUUGAGAGGAAUUUAAAGGCUGCUGUUGCUAACAGCAAUCGUAGUCACGUCAUGAGCCUUGCUGCUCUGACUGCAAGUCCUCAGCUGGACAAAGAACCAGAACAUAAGGUGGAUGAGAAGGCUUCAGCCCCACUGCAUGGAGUGGUGGUGUGUGUGAGUAAGAAACUCAGUAAAAAACAAAGUGAGCUAAAUGCAGUGGCUGCAUCAUUGGGAGCUGACUUCAGAUGGGCCUGUGAUGACUCUGUCACUCACUACAUCUACCAGGGCAAAGUGGGUGACAACAGCAAAGAAUUCAGGGCAGUGAAGGAGAGAGGCCUACACAUAGUGUCGCAGCACUGGCUACAAGCGUGUGCGGAGGAGCAGAAGCAUGUAUCGGAAUCACUCUAUCCUUUCACCUUUAACCCCAAAAUGAGCCUGACCCUGAGCCAGGUGACAGAAAGCACUCACAGGUCCCCUCCUCCUUCAACUCCUCGCACCAAACUUCAAGCCCUUGCUGAAGAUGAGGACACCCGUGGUCCUAUGGAAAGCAUCACAGACAUCUCCACCCCUCAGCGGGUCAGCAUGGUGGAUUCCGAUAGAGAGCAGCAGCAGAGCAGCACUGAGAAGAGAGACCUGACAGAAACUCUAGAAAUGAGGGAGAGCUUACAAAGGCAGCUACAGGAGAUAAUGUCUGCAACUAAGCUGACUAGUGGACGCCGGGCCUCGUCUAGAUUGGCACGUGUCGGAUCAGGGGGGCUGGACUCCCCCCACACUCCAGAAAGCUUGGGCAGAGUAGGCAGACGCAGCAGAACACUGGAGGCCUUACGAAUGUCACGUCAGGUUGCGAUGGACAUAAACACAGAGGCGUCUCAAAGCGAACAGAUUGUCUGGGACGACCCCACGGCAAGAGAAGAGCGGGCAAAGCUGGCUGAUAAUCUGCAGUGGCCCGGAAGUCCUUCUCAGCACUCAGAUCCCAUUACCGUCAUGCCACCACCACCUAUUGAUGAACCACAACAUGCCAGAGACUCCAUGACCGAUUCUGAACUGGUCGAGAUGGCUGCUUGUGACGUAAUUGAGGCGCAGAUGAGACCAAAAGUGACCCCACCAAGGGUUAAUGUUGACCAGCGUGUCCCCAAAACCCCUGAAGCUCCCAGCAUUGCUUUCCCUAUUUCAAAGCCUGCUGUGCCUCCUGCACCACAGAUUGAGGAAGAGGAGGAGACAGAACAGGAAGUAAAGAAAGAUCCUCCUCGAUUUCAGUUGUCCUCCCUCAGCCCACAGGAGCGCAUUGACUACAGCCAUGUCAUAGAAGAGUUGGGUGGCAUCGUGCUUGAGAAGCAGUGUUUUGACCCCAGCUGUUCUCACAUCAUUGUGGGUUAUCCUCUGAGGAAUGAGAAGUACCUGGCUGCAAUGGCUGCAGGCAAAUGGAUUCUUCAUCGCUCAUACCUAGAGGCAUGCCGCGCUGAAGGAUACUUCUUGGUGGAGGAGGAUUAUGAGUGGGGUAGCCGCUCUAUACUGGAUGCUGUUCCCACUGUAACCUCACAGCAGAAAAGGCUGGCACUGUCUGCCCUGCGCUGGAGGAAAGCUUUACAAGGGCGUGCAGAUAAAGAGGGGGCAUUUGGUGGUUGGAUAGUGAUGCUGAAUAUAGACCAUGCCAGAGAUGCAGGGUUCAGAAGAUUGCUGCAAUCUGGAGGAGCAAAGGUUUUACCGGGCCCCUCUCCUUCUCUCUAUAAGGACACCACUCAUCUGUUUGCAGACUUCAGCCGGUUGGGUCCUAAUGAUAUAAAAGUGGAUGUUGCUGAGGCCACGGCUCAAGGAGUCAAAUGUCUCAGACCAGAGUACAUCGCUGAUUAUCUCAUGCAGGAACCUUCACCACCAAUGGAUGCAUACUUCCUUCCUGGUGCAAUCCAGAAUGGCCUUCUUGUGGGCUCAGAAAGGGGCCAAGCUACACCCUCCCGCAAGCGUAAAGCCUCAGGCAACACCUCUACUCUAAAGAAAAGCAGAAUUAGGUGAAGUUAGCUUUAGCAUGGUAAUCUCUAAUGAAAUAUCUAUUAAAUGUGAAUUACCUUUCACUCAGCUCUUAUUAUGUGUAGAUAGGAUUUAAUUAUAUUGUUUUGUUCUACUUAUUUUGUUUAUAAUUGUAAUACUCAUACUUAUAAUUAUACAUGUUUUGUUUAUUAAAAAUAAAUAUUUCUGAAAAAGA